AUGAAGGUACGGUACGCAAUUGCGCUUGCCAAUUUCAAAGCUGGUGAAGAUCUCAUCGAGGAAGUACGAGCAAAGAAGGCUCCUUGUUGCUUCUUGAACCUUAUCGCCGGUGAUCGAUUGUGUGUAUAUCUGGAGAAAGAUGGAUGGGCCAUAGGCUCCCAUAUUGGGUCAAAAGCUGAAGCUGGCCUAUUUCCACUCAGUGCUGUAAAUUUCGUCAAUCGCCACUCCCAGACUGAUCCUACCGCCGAGGGAGCUGGUAUUGUGGAGGAAAUCAACCAGGUUACACAGUCGUGGUGGUGUAAGAUAAAGGAAAUUUACGUGAAACAUUCCGAAAUGCACUAUUUUAAUGAAGUGUUGGAUUUCAUAGACUAUAUGCUUUCUGUUAGACAGAAAAUAUUAUCAGGAGGAGUUCCUUCGGAGGAAUUGAAUGCUUUGCGGAUUCAGCUGGCUAAGAGGAUAGAUCGUGGGAACAUGCUUCUCAGUCUUAAUGUCACUAUUCGCGACGAGCACGGCCUGGCUUUUGAUCCAGAUUCAAUUUCAUUCCUUCAAACGUAUGACGAACACCAGAACGCCCAAAAACGUGUUGCAUCGGAUCCCUUCAGAUUGGAUUCACAAGAAAAGCCUGCAAAAGCGUUUUGUCUUCUGUUACGGGUGCAGUGUAUAGAGCUGCACAUGAAAUACAACUGCGAAGUAACCAUGACUCUGUACGAUAUGGAGGCGAGACGUUUUGCGAGCGACACUUUCACUUUCAUAUGGAAAAGCAAUGAGCCCAGCUCACGAGACCUCAACAUUCGCGGUCUAUUUACGAAUUUCACUCAGUCCGAUAUCGGCAAACGUUUCGUUUUGAUUACACGUGUUGCUCACAUAGCGCCAUUGGAACACACUUCAUCGACAUUGAAGAGGAACCAAGAACCAGGGCCAACUAAUCUGUACUGUCGUCAGAUCUUCGCCUUUGAUUUCUUCGACAUGACUUCCAUCUUUUCAAAUCCUCAGCCGUCACAUGAUGCAAAGGAUAAGGUCAUAUUCUUGAAUAGAGAUCAAAGUUUUGACCAAGCUCUCAAGUCUAUGCAGUCCACUGGCAAAGUGCCAAAAUUGAACACUUCUUCAGAUGAUGUAAAGAUUCUCAUAUCGACACAAAUCUUCACGAAUGCAUUGUCGGAACUGCGUCUAAAGAGGCCAUAUCUUUUCACGAGAAAUCCGCCUGCGAUAAUUUUUCGUUGUGACUAUCCUGGCCCGGCUUCAGUUGAUGUCCGAAACGAACUCUAUGUGACACUAGUACAGGGAGAAUUAUCCGGAAAGUCCUCCGAUAGAAAUAUUGAGGCUAGGCUACACUUGGUUGAAGGAAACGGAAGAGUUGUUCCUGACUGUUUCGAAAGUGUAUGUGUUGGAUCCGUCAAGCUGUCGUCUGAUUAUCGUAGUUUCGUCUAUAUUCACGAGGACAAGCCGUUAUGGUUUGAAAACAUCAGGAUUCGACUCCCCGAAGACAUAAGUCGUGACCUACACCUGCGCAUUACUUUUCAUUCAAGAAAACCGUACGAUAAAGGGAAACCUGAAAAGGGUCCAUUUGCUCUUGCGCAUAUCAGAUUAAUGUGCAAAUCGGUGCUUGUUCCUGAUGGUGAUCACGAGUUGUUAGUCUACAAGAUCGAGUCAUCACAUUACGAUGAAAACAACACAAGCUAUUUGCCUUUGCCACAAACUAAGAGGGUGCUCCGUGAUCUCGGAAAUACCACUAACAAACCACACUCUUCAGUAUUCUGUCUAAGCGAAAAGAGCUCCGUUCUUAUCAGCAUUCUUACUUGCUCUACUUUGCUUACUCAAAACGAGCACGUUCUAAAUGUUCUAGGAUGGAGAGAUUCGAGGCCUAAUCUGAACAGCUCCCUUAAUGUUCUUGGUUCUCCUUUUGGAGAUUUGCAGGAUGAGAUGAUUCGCUUUCUUUGCCCUUUGCUAGAUGCGCUUUUCGAGCUAUGGGAAGAGCGGGAGCAACUGGAGUUGCCCGUCUUUGACGUCGUUGUCGCGCUUUUGAAGUUAACAGAUGAACAACGGUAUACUUCGAGUUUGGAGAUGCUCAAGAAGUACAUGGAUCGGUUCCCGUAUUGCAAUGCAGCAAUAAAGCUAAUGAGAUGCUUAAAUCACUACAUCGCCAGUGCUUCCACGAGUAAUAAUGAAAAGACGCGUAAUUCGUUGAAGGUUAUGGGACACGUGUUCCGAACUGUAGUUCAGUCUAAGAAAAGUGGUGAUAACUUCUCCGACGAUCCCGCAUAUGCCACGAGUUUCCGCUCUCACUUGGAUAGCGUUCUAGAUUCUCUGGUAAGUCUCAUGGGAGAAACGCGAGAAAGGAUGACUGUACAGAACACCGCCUUGAAACAUCUACCUGCUAUUGUCGAUCCAAUCUGUGCAAGUGGUGCCUACGAACCAACUGACUUAUGUAAGUUUUUUAUCCGUGUGAUUAGUGGAUUCGGCAAGAAUAUUGUUGCUCGCGAGCGCCUUGGGCUUGUUUCACAGCUCAUAGACACAAAUCUUUUCGAGUUGCAUUCUUGUCGUCUAGUCUUGUUACCGCGCUGUAUCGAUCUAAUACUAGUGCAACUCGACUCAGAUCAAAGUGAUGAUCGCGAGUUCGCUGACAGAGCCACCGAAUGUGCUACAAUCAUUAGCAGUUUGCUGGAACGGCUAUUUCCUGUCACGAUCAACCCGCCACAGUAUCAGUAUGGUACCGACGAGGAACUUAAUCUCAUCAUUAACGCCACGUACAGACCGCUGGUGCAGGCCAUGGUUUUUAUAGGACAACAAAACGCCACGAGCGACGAAAUUCGUGCUAGAUUCUUUUCGUUAAUUUUGGCUCUACUUAGCAAGAUGUCAGCUCAACUUUUCGGUAACUACAUAGAGAAUCGGCCGAGUGAUAUAGAUAAAAUGGAUUUUAUUCUGGAAAUGCUACAAAUGAUACGCGAUCUCCUGUGUAAAUGUCCUUUCCCGGCCACAUGGCAUCAAAUGAUCAUGCUUCAGAAUAAAACUGUUCAUAAGGCAUUGCGAUUUUUAAUGAAUGCCAUUCAAGGAUACUUUUCGAACGAACGAGAGAGGUUUUAUUCUGAUGUAUGGCAAGAGUACAUGUUGACAGCUGUGUGUUUCGUAACACAACCAUCUCUACAGUCAAGCGAUGAGUGGCUUCGAGACGAGGCAGAUUCUCGUGUACAGUUAAGAAAAGCUGCUGCUCGUGAUCUGAGAUCAAUGUGGUUUCGGCUUACUCCUUUACAGAAAAUGGCGUACAUUCCACGGUUAGUGGGUGCGUUUUUGAAAGUGGCUUUAGUAGAAGAUGAUGAAACACGGGAAGCAACAAUACCAAUUUUCUUCGAUAUGAUGCAGUGCGAGUUUCAUUCAUGUGUGGAAGAUCGGAAGAACUUCAAAAAGUUCUCGGACGAACUUAUCGCUCAGCUGGACAGCUUAGUUGAUCAGGAUCGUGGUACAAGAGCGUUCCAGGAACAGUUCACUAAAAUACUAACCAGCCAAUGCCAAUCUGACAAGGAACUGUGGGAAGGUGGAGGACGCGAACUUAUUGAUAGGGUUGAUCGCCUUCUCGGUCAUCUUUUCGAGUACAGACUCGUUAGAGAGACGUCCGAUUGUAUGGAGAAUGGAAUGAGCAGGACCGUGCAACUCUUGAGAUAUUACGAGAAGUAUAGGCACCAUGAUCUUUAUAUCACCUAUGUGUAUAAGUUGUACGAUCUUCACAUUCUUUACAAUAAUCAGAUUGAAGCUGCUAAGACGCUUAUGUUAUAUGCAAACACGCUCAGUUGGAAUGACAUCGAAUUGGAUGAAUCCCUUGUCUCAAGGCGGUUGAAUCGACAGUGUGCCUUGGAACGACAGUUAAAAGAUAGUCUACUAUGUGAAGCUGCUGACCUCUUUGCCGAAGGGGAAAUGUGGGAGGAUGCGAUCAAGAUACUGAAAGAAUUAUUACCCGUUUACGAGAAGACCUAUGUAGAUUACGAUAAGUUGGCUUCGUUGAUGGUACGGAUAGCUGAACUUUAUCGGAAAAUAGACCGGGAAAAUCGGGCCUUCUUCUACUAUUAUUUAGUUGCUUUCUAUGGAAAAGGAUUUCCUAAUUACUUAAACGGCAUAAGUUUUGUUUUCCGCAGCGAUAAACUGGAGCGGCACGCAGACUUUAUGCAAAGAAUGCAACAGAUAUAUGGUGGCCCCGAAGCGAUCAUGUCUAUGGACGACUGCUCCCACUUGAAGGACUCAACGGGACGAUACAUGCAGGUCUUCAAUGUAGACCCAAUUCCAACCGCUUGCCCAUUCGAGGAUGCUCAUGUAAACCCAGCAAUAAAGGAUUACUAUCGUCAUUACAAUAUUCGUGAUUUUGAGUAUAGCCGCAUAGAGGAGCGUAAGGAUACGAAAUGGACAUCUGUCAAAGAUUCUGAAUUGAUGCGGACGUGGAUAGUUAAACGCACAGUGGUCACGUAUGAGCGCUUGCCUGGGAUUUUGAGAUCUACACAGAUAAUAUCCACGUCUCCGCCAAUUUAUGUAAAUCCACUGCGUCGUUCUGUCGAUCAAAUGCAGAGAAAGAACACUGAACUCAUGGAAACAGCGCUGCUCGUAUUACUGGAUCGGUUACAUGCAGUAAAGAAGUUGUCAGGUGAAAUUUUGGGAGUCGUGCGACCUGCCGUUAUGGGAGGUGUCAGCAAUUAUGAGGUAUUCUUCUCCGACGAAUGUUCUAAGAUCUAUGAUUCUGACGAAAAACAAUUGGCUAUGCAACUUAGUGCGUUGAUAAUCGAGCAGGUGGAGAUACUUGAAUUCUGUCUCUAUGCUCACGCAUCACGUACAGAAAUCACAAAGCAGUUCCACGAUCAUCUGGUUGAUGGAUUUUAUGAACACAAACAGUACGUAGAAGAUAAAUUCGGUCGCACGCGUUCCAUUUUGCCACCUGGAGCUUCCAUACGAUAUUCAGUCGAGAGCAAUGGAAUAGACGCCAGCAAAAAAUCGUCUUCGAGUAAUUCACUCGAUGCUGCACUCAGUGGAACUUUGAACCUGCGAUCGCGAGGAGCUGCAAUUGGGUCUACGAUGUUAAGCAUGUUAACAACAUCAAGAAAAUCAAGCACUCAUGCAGCUGGAUCCGCUACCACGUCGUCAUCAACAUUAGCUAAUAAUCGGACGACAUCUGAACGUUUCGAUGCUGCAAGAGUAUUUGCUACUAUGAGAAACAGUAGCAUGGACUCUGUUAAGUCGCCAGCGCGUGCUAGACGUCCUACAAUGGAGGGUAUUGAGGGCAUUCGGCUCCGGUCCCGUGUCAGACGAAGUAUUGACCAUUCGUCCGGAGCUCCACCGCUUCCACCUCGAGCUCACCCUACGAAAACAAAUGAUAUAUUGGGGGAUGAUAGGAGUAACUUUACGGAGCUCAGACAUGCAAAGUCACCGAUUCCAACGCCAAUAAUGGACCUUGCCGAUCUACAACGAUAUUGA